CUGAACAAGGGGCUGGAGGAGGCCGACUCCUCCACGGGCAGCCCCACCAGCAUCGACAAGAUCGCCGCCCAGGGCAGGAAGAGGAAGAAGAGGACCUCCAUCGAGGUGAGCGUCAAAGGCGUGCUGGAAACUCACUUUCUCAAAUGCCCCAAGCCCGCCGCCCAGGAGAUCUCCUCGCUGGCAGACAGCCUACAGCUGGAGAAAGAAGUGGUGCGGGUCUGGUUUUGCAACAGAAGGCAAAAAGAGAAAAGAAUGACUCCGCCAGGGGAGCAGCAGCCGCACGAGGUGUACCCGCACAGCGUGAAAACGGACACAGCCUGCCACGACCUCUGACUAGCGGGCCGGACUGCAGCCGCGCGGAUUUGCGGCCGGGGGUUUCACUUAUGUUGAAAGAGGGAACGCAAAUAACGGGAGACUUCGAGCCGGGGGCUUUCCCGCUCACCGUCUGGGCAAUAUUUUUUCUCUCAAACCUUUUCGCUGAUCAAUACGUAUUGUUUACUCGCAGACAAGGUUUGUUUUCGGUCUCCGCUUAGGAAGAAGGAAAAAAAAAAAGAAAACCCACGGGAAAAAAAAACCAACAA